AUGGCGUCGCCUGCUCAACAGUUGCCGGCAGGCUGGACUGCUGAAUGGGACGCGUCGAACCAGCGAUACCUGUUUAUUGAUUCGUCGACGGGCCACACGCAAUGGGAACCUCCAGUUGAUCCUGCUCUCAUGGUUGACCAAGCUCCAACUGUCGCGCCUGUUGCAGGUCACGGCUCGAAACGGCGGCAGUAUGCUGCUGGUCAGACUCAAGCUUAUUUCGGUACCGUUGGUGCUCCGGACGCGUUGGGCGAUGGUGGAUACGGCGCCGCAGCACAACCAGCGCCUGUUGGUGGCCAGUUCUUCACUCCGGGCUUGGCAGGUGCCGGGGUGCAACCCCAAGGUCCUCAGCCGCCCUACUAUGACAGCAGGCCAGAGUACAUAAAUGCCCCGGAACAACUUCAACCGCAGCAAACAUUCGUACAGCCUGGCAUGGGCGCCCUUACUGAUCAGUUUGGUCAGAUGGGAAUGGGCGGGCAAAAGCCGUUCCAGCUAUAUACCACCAACCUUCUAACGUCACCGCCAGAUCCUCGCGAGCUGCUCCUUCCUCCUCCAGAGAUUCGUCUACCGCCUAACGCAUCUAUCUCACCAUCACCGGCGGCUAAUGCUGACCCAUCCUACCAACGAUCUACCUUGAAUGCGAUCCCGACGACGUCAUCAGUUCUCGGCAAAUCCAAAAUCCCUCUCGCUCUGAUCAUCACGCCUUAUCGAACGCUCAACGAAGGUGAAGAGCCCGUUCCGGUGGUAACGGAUACCGUCAUUGCUCGGUGCAGGAGGUGCAGGACGUAUAUUAAUCCUUAUGUUCAAUUCAUUGAUGGGGGUAAUCGAUGGAGAUGUUGCAUGUGUAACAUGUCGAACGAGGUGCCUCAAAUGUUUGACUGGGAUCAAGCCCGAAACCAGCCAGGUGACCGAUGGGCCCGCGCGGAACUCAACCAUGGUGUCGUAGAGUUUGUUGCACCCACAGAAUAUAUGGUCCGACCUCCACAACCGGCUGUGUACAUAUUCCUUAUCGAUGUCAGCCAUGCAUCAGUCCAAUCAGGUAUGGUGGCCACGGCAACUCGCACCAUCCUUGAAAACCUCGAUCGCAUCCCGGACGAAAAUGGGCGGACCAAAGUGGCCAUCAUAUGUUACGAUGUGUCGCUCUACUUCUUCUCCAUCCCUCCCGGAUCUACGGAUUCAUCCAUGCUUGUCGUAUCCGACACUGAUGAUGUUUUCUUGCCAAAACCUACUGACCUUCUUGUGAACCUCGCGGAGGCGCGCGCUUCUUUGGAAGCACUUCUGGGUAGGAUCAAUGACAUGUUUCAAGAUAACAGUAUAAUCGGGAGUGCAAUGGGACCGGCCUUGCAAGCGGGUUUCAAGUUGAUGGCACCCAUAGGCGGUAAAAUAAUGGUGCUCUCGGCAAGUCUACCUAGUGUGGGUCCCGGCGCGCUGAAGAACCGUGAAGACCCAAAAAUACUUGGUACAGCGAAAGAAUCUGGACUCUUGCAAGCUGCAUCGACAUUCUACAAGACUUUUGCUAUCGAAUGCUCGAGGGCUCAGGUUUCGAUCGACAUGUUCUUGUUCAGUACUUCGUAUCAAGACGUCGCGAGCUUGGCAUGCCUACCUCACUACACAUCUGGUCAAACAUACUACUACCCUGCCUUUAAUGCUGGUCGCUCAGAGGAUGCGCUCAAGUUUGCCCACGAAUUUGGCGGUGUUCUAGCAAUGCCAAUUAUGUUGGAGGCUGUUAUGCGUGUACGGGCUUCUAGAGGUAUUCGGAUGGCUUCUUUCCACGGCAAUUUCUUCGUGAGGUCGACGGACCUUCUCGCUAUGCCUGCUGUCCCACAGGACCAGUCAUAUGCUAUCGAGAUCCAGAUCGAAGAAACGGUCACGUCUCCUUUCGUCGUAUUGCAAACCGCUGUGCUGCAUACUACAUGUUAUGGUGAACGUCGGAUUCGUGUUAUAACUACCGCACUUCCCACUACCACUAGUCUCUCCGAAGUGUUUGCAUCUGUGGAUCAGGUUGCCCUAGCCACGUUGUUUGCGAACAAGGCAGUGGAACGAUCUUUGACCCACAAACUGGAAGACGCUCGGGAUUACCUGUACCAGCGACUUGUGGAAAUAUUGAUCGCCUACAAGAGCAGCAUGACUGCUGGUGGUGCAGGUGCUAGUGCACAGCUCGCGAUCUCUGAGAAUAUGAAGAUGCUGCCUGUGCUCAUCCUUGGGUUACUGAAGAACGUUGGUAUACGACAAAGCGCGCAGAUUCCGCCUGACAUUCGAGCCUAUUCGCAAGCAUUGUUGACAUCCCUGCCUUCGCAAGUCCUCAUUCCUUACAUCUACCCUACUUUCUAUUCGUUGCAUAACAUGCCUCCGAGGUAUGCAGCCGGCACUGUGGGACCUGAUGGUGUUAUACUGCCGCCAGCUCUGCCCCUAACGUCUGAAAGACUAGAACGGCACGGUCUCUUCCUCAUUGAAGACGGACAGACCAUCUUCUUGUGGAUUGGACGGGACGCCGUGCCUCAGUUGGUGAUGGACGUAUUCGAUCUCCCCAAUUAUGAGGUACUACGAGGCGGAAAGUACACACUUCCCAUUCUUGAAAAUCCGUUCUCACAACGGGUGAAUGCCAUCAUACAAAAGACGCGUGAAAUGCGUCGCGGGGUGUAUUAUCCGCAUCUGUAUGUUGUGAAGGAAGAUGGGGAGCCACCGUUGAGGCUGUGGGCGUUAAGUGCCCUCAUUCAGGAUAGGCUGGAUGUUUUGCCUAGCUAUCAUCAGUUCAUUGGGUCGUUAAAGGAGAAGGUCAAUGGUAGCAGUUAUUAA